CUCAUCUCAUCUCGUCGCUCCAUACAACUCUCAACCAACACAAAAUGCCCAGAUCCAAGCGCUCUAAACUCGUCACAUUAGCUCAAACCGAUAAAAAAGGCAAGGAAAAUAAAGCUCGUAUCUUUGAUGAAGUGAGAGAAGCUCUUGACCAAUUUAGAUACUUGUGGGUCUUGCGGUUGGAUGAUGUAAGAACUCCUGUUUUGCAAGACAUCAGAUCCGACUGGGUUGGCUCUAAAUUAUUGUUGGGUAAAAGAAGAGUUUUAGAAAAGGCCCUUGGUGACAAUGCACAGGAGGAAUAUAAAGACAAUCUCCAUAGAGUCUCCAAACUUUGUUCUGGUGUCCCAGGGUUGUUGUUCACCAAUGAGAGUCCGGAUACUGUUUCAGCAUAUUUUACUGAAUAUUCAAAAGCAGACUACAGCAGAUCCAAAUCCAAAUCUCCUAUUGACUUUACUAUUCCAGAGGGCGUCAUUUACUCCAGAGGUGGUCAAAUUGCAACAGAGGAAGAUGUGCCCAUGUCCCAUUCUUUGGAGGAAACCUUAAGAAACAAAUACAAAAUCCCUACCAAAAUUAAGUCUGGAAAAAUCUACCUCAAUGAACCAUUUGUUGUCUGUCAGAAGGGCGAUACCUUGAAUGUCACCCAAGCUCUUAUUUUGAAACAAUUUGGUGUUGCUGCUUCUGAGUUUAAGGUUAAAAUGAUUGCAUAUUACGAUGUGGAAACAAACAAUAUGAGUCAAAUUUGAAACCUUUUCAGUGAAUAAAAUACACGUUUUUAUAAAGCUCCUGUUUUCCAAUUCACACAAAUUUAACUCUGAGAGAGCACCAUAUUAUACACGAAUGUCAUGCUCAGUAUUUAGUUUUCAUUAAAUUGACACUGAACGAAAAAAAGCCUGGCGGACCCGUGUCCAAGAUUCUUGAAACUGUAGAUAUUGUAUCUGGGGAUCUCGAAGGAACAACCCCGAGUCACCACAAAUCUUUUUGAAUUUAGCGUCACUUCAAUUAAACCUCUUGCAACAUGGAAAAUGAACAGAGAUUCCCCAGUAUUCCGCAAGCUUUUGAAACCUUCUGUAGGAAAGUCUAGUAGACCGGCUGCUAACAUGUUCAGGUCUGUGUCGAAAAGCGAAGCUACUUUGAAGUUCUCUGCCCCCAGUAG